UCUCCUACAAAAAGGAGAUGGCAUAAUUUCGGCAGCAAUAAGUACUUAGUCACAGGUUCAGUUAAGGUCCUCGAAAGAGAGAGAAGCCAUUGAGAAGCAGCCGCAGAGCAUCAUUGUAUUAUUUGUCUAGCAAAAAUGAGAAUUAAACAUUUUAAAUUAGUACAAAAUAUUUAGCAAUUUACCAACACGCGAUACACCAUGUUCACUAAUGGGAAGCGCGUGACAUACACUAAAACUACGGAUAUACUCGUAUAUAUAUAUCUAUUUUUUUUCGUUGAAACGCCUCAUUAAUUCAUUAGAGGAAUCUAGGUACAAUGAUAUCACCAUAUGGCGUUCACUUAAAACGGUGUUAAUCGUUUCCAAGUGACACAAAAGAGCACAUGUCAUGUGAAUUUUUAACUCAGUGUAUUGUUAUUUUAUUUUUCUAUUUUCAAGUACAAAAUGAACAUAUUUAUAAUAUGGAUUACCACGAUAUUUUGUGUUAUGGCUGAAUUUGUGCGGGAAGAAAUUAAUCCUUAUAUCGAAGCACAAAAGAAUAAUAAGCAGUGGCAAAGCGUUCACGGCUACGUGCAAGUCCGUCCAGGGGCCCAUGCCUUCUACUGGUUCUUCUAUGCAGAAGGGACAAUUGUUGAUGCUAGAAGCAAACCAAUUAUAAUAUGGAUACAAGGAGGUCCAGGCUUUGCAGCUAGUGGCAUCGGGAACUUUGCCGAAUUAGGCCCUUUAACCAUGGAUAUGCAACCCCGAAACCACACUUGGGUAAAAAAGAGAAACGUGUUAUUUAUCGAUCAUCCUGUUGGCUCUGGAUUUAGCUAUGUCACUGAUAAUACGUUAUAUGCAAAAACUGAUCGAGAAGUAGCUAUGGAUCUUUCAAAAGUUAUAAAAGUUUUCUUUAGAAGACACAAAACCUUUCGGAAGGCACCAACGUAUUUGUUUAGUCAAAGUUACGGCGGGAAAAUCUGCCCAAGAUUGGCAUUUUACUUACACACGGCAAUCGAGAAAAAGAGCUUAAAAAUGAAUUUUAAGGGAAUCGGCAUUGGCAGCGGUUGGGUAGAUCCAAAAGAAAGCAUAUCAGUGCAACCUGACAUGCUGUAUCUCUCGGGGGCGAUUGAUCGAAAUUUAUAUUUGACGUCAUCAAGACUAGCUAAGAAGCUCGUUCGGUCUAUAGAAACAAAUGAUUCUGCAGCGGAUCAUUUAGACGAGGUUCUCUUUAGUACUUUUAACAAUCAGGGAGAAAUUAAUUUUAAUAACGUCUAUGCUCCUAGCCCUUACCCGGCGUUAGAAGAACUAGAACAGAAAAUGAACAAAUAUGUGAAACCGACUUUAACUGGAGUUAAUCAAACUAGGAAUUGGUCGUUUCUAUCGCUGAAAGCUUAUCAUAAUUUGAAGCAAAGCUUUUUAGUGCCUUCGGUUUCUUUCUUGGAAUCCAUUUUAGAUCGCACGAAGUUGAAGGUCGCGAUUUAUAACGGAAACUUAGAUGUUGUCACACCUUUGGGCGGAGCAGUCAACUGGGUGCAUAAGUUAAAUUGGCACGGCGCUGGAGAAUUCGCUUUAGCCAAGAGGCAUCCGAUACGUGGACGAGGAAAUGGGUAUUAUAAGGAGGCGAGGCGGUUGAGUUUUUGGUGGGUCUUUGGAUCUGGACAUUGGGUACCUGAAGAAAAUCCUGAGGCAAUGGAACAGAUACUGGAUUACGUCAUAGAAGAUACGAAAAAUACGAUGAAUCGAGAAAAACCAACACAAAAUAACAUUUAACAUAUGAAAACAGUGAAAUUAUUUAUAAGUUUACCGAAUAAGUUUUUAUAAACUCCUCGGUAGGAUAGCACUUCCAAUUUUACCAAAGAUUUAAUAUAAAAUGUGUAUUUGUAAUUGUCAUGUAAUUGGCUCUUUGUAAUGCGAAACUUUUUUAAUAUCUGUUCAUUGCUUCUUAGAAGAUAUUCUGAGAGUAAUAAACAGGAACAGUGUAAUCAGCAGAUAGUAAUAUCUCAUAAUGAGAAGGAACAUUUUGAAAAGGUUUUCAAAUAAUUGUCCGUGUUGCUUAGAUAUAUAACUGCUUACAUGAGCCCAACUGAAACUUGAAGUUAACUUAAGCUUGACAGCGCACGGCGUAGAGAUGCUCUUUCAGACAACUGCAAAAUUUGGGUGGGUGGUAAGGCUCGACUAAGUCUCCAUUGAAAGAUAUUUUGUACCUUAUUCAAUAGAACGACUCUCGCACUAAGAAAUUGUAUCCUUGUGGCACGAAAGGUUUCACAAGAAUUCAAAUCACACGCACAAAGACCCAGACUCAAGACAAGCAUUCGUGGAUCACGCAAACGCUUGUUCUACGCGGGGAUCGAACCCGCGACACGUCGGGCGCAAAGGAUUUGAUGUGGUGACGUACAAUCGUACCUUACUAGCGUGAAACGUAAUAUUUUGUGUAAAAGUAUGAAUAAUGCAAUAAAUAAUAUAAGAAUUAAAUUCUUUUAUAAUUAGUACAAUUUAGAUAUAAAAGGAAACCUGUACUUAUUUUUAAACGAAAUAAAAAGCCAUCGUCCAUA